UCUUAUCAAUUCAACAAGGGCUUGCUGCAGAGAUUAGAGAAGGGGUAAAAGAAUUUGGAAAGUGGAUAGAAGUGGGAAUUACCAUUUUACAAAUGUUACGGAGAAAUGAAGAACAAUUCAAACAAUUACAAUCAUCGAUUCGAAGAGCUAUUUUAGCUUCUAAACAAAAUAUAGAUAAAGAGGCUAAAAUAGAACGCGAAAUGUUGCUUGGUCGUGGCGAUGGUCGUAAUUUAGAAGCAUUUGAAAUGAGAAGGCGUAAUCUAACUUCUGAAGAUGCUAUUUUACAUUCUGCAAGCGAUGUUACAGAAUCAUUGCGUCGAACGACUCAAUUGAUGCAACAAGAGAUUGAACGAAGUGCUUAUUCAGCAAAAGUACUUGACGAAUCAUCUCGUACGCUAAAGACAACUUUUAAUGAAUACCGAGGAUUUUCUUCAGUAGUACGCAGCUCAAAACAACUGAUCACAAAAUUGGAACAAAGUGAUUGGACCGAUAGAUUACUUAUUCUUUUUGGUUUGUUUGUAUUCAUUCUUGUUGUAGUGUAUAUUUUAAAGAAAAGAGUAUGGAAUACAGGAUUCGGAUGGAUAUCUUGGUUCGCUUCUUGGUUCAUAUAA